CCCUGAAGGACACCCACACACCCACACCUACAUCAGUAUAACACAGGACGCGCUGCUUAUAUGACUAGGACAAGGCUCUCAUAAUUCCAUUAUCAAUGACUUUUCACUUAGAAGGAACAAGAUCUGAAUUGCUUUCGGCGUUUGGUCAGGCUUCAUAGCAGUGGCAGGAGGUGGUCAUCAUGGGUGACAGAAGCUUACCUCCCAAGGUGGAGGGUCAUCCUCAGGGCCGCCUUGACCUUAUCUUUGGGAGGCCAGCUGUGUUCCCUCCAGCACAACCCUCACAGUCUUUCAUAUUCACAUUCAGGUGGUGGGGUGACAGCCAACCAUGUAUUUUAAGGCUGCCUCCAGAAAAGAGUGAAACAAGAAUAACUCACAUGGUCACCUGUAGCCCUCACUCCUUCCGUCAGUACCUGAGUGACAUGAGGAAUCUCCACGUGAGCCUCAAAAUUGGUGGAGAAGGAUGUGCAGAUGCCUCACAAGACAAUCAAGAUAACUUUGAACAGCUGACACGGAGUCCGAGGCGAAUGGAAGGGGAAACCCCACGACAGAGGCUUCUUCGUCGCCAACAAAGGCUCAAGAAAGGCUGGCAGGAUGGAGAUGUGGUGGGCAGUUUUGUCUUGCCAGAUCUGAAGCUCAAUGCUCGUGGGGAUUAUGUAAGUGAAGGAAGAAUACUAGAUUCCUCAGGUGACAUGGUUGGAUCUGUUGUAGUGACAAUGGUGUUUCUUGAAGGGACCCUUGAAGAUUUCCAGCAGAUAAAGAUCCAAAGUGAAGAGGUAGUUUCUCCCCAGCCUACCAUCUCCCCAGAAAAGAUGGACAAUGGCACAGGGAAGCCUCGUGUGUCUAGUAUCCCAGUACCAGAAUCUCGCCUUGGCAAGACUCAAAAAACUCCAACACAAGAAGGUUUUAGACAGAGGAGCUGGAGUUUUAGAGAAUCAUUUAGACAAAAGUGUGACAAACUGAAGUUACCUAAGAAACAACAACAACAACAGCAGCAGCAGCAGCAGCAGCAACAACAACAACAACAACAACAACAACAACAACAACAACAACAACAACAACAACAACAACAACAACAACAACAACAAUACCUACAACAACAACAACAUCAACAACAACAUCAACAACAACAACAACAACAUCAGCUAUUACAGCAGCGACAGCAACAACAACACAGUUUUGACUAUGUAGGUGUAGAGAAGGAGAACCAGGCACCAUACAGGAGGAGAACCAGCAGCUUUAAUAGGAGCAGAGGAAGAGAAGGAUCAGCAUUACAAGAAAACGUAUCCCUCAGGAGGACCAGCUACCACGAGAGUCAUUUGCAGCAGCCCAGCUAUUCACAUUCUGUAGAAGAGAAUGUUAGCAUAAAGCAUGCAGAAAUGAUGAGGCAGCAAGAUUCUUCACACAUGCGGUCACAGGAUGGUAAAAAUAUGGAGGUAGGCAGGAGUCCUCAGCUGCCUCAUCGAGCCAUACCCCAAAAGGUGACAUCAAAGAAUUCCCAGGUAGUAGAAGACAUCAUCCCUGUAGUUCGGAGAGAGAGGAAGCCCCAGGAGGGCAUCCUUGACAGGGCACGGCCAGCUAGCUGGGGUCUGUAUUCGCUGCUUAAUGGAGCAGAUCCUCACUCUUUAGUUGAUUCAGGAGCAGUGAGGGCUGAGGAACUGCCUAUUCUCCUGAAAGUGUUGGAGGGACACUCACCCAACAUUGAUCUCUCCAACUUUGAUCCAAAAACACAAAAGCUACUGGAUGGCCUUGACCUUUCCUUCGCAUCAAAUGGCAUCAAUGGCUCGUCCCCUGGAAAGUUUACCUUUGACACUAAGGAGUCAAGCUCAAAAAAUAGAGAUCAUGCUUUCAGUGUAUUUCAUAAGGGAAGACAAAACAACGAGGGGGAGCCAUGUGGUGUUUCAGGGGUGUGGCCAUUGGAAGAAAGCAAACCAGGUCAAGUUGAGGGUUUCACCCAGCAUCCUCCUACAGUUAUCCCAAAGAAGGUCCGAACAAAUGAAAACAAUAAAUUUGAUUCACCAAAGAAGACACUGCCUGUCCAGUCAAAGAUUCCAAUGACCCAGGGUGGGAGGACCCCAGUGAAGGCCUUGAGACCCCUCUCCUCCAGGACAGGACCUGACAAGAAGCUGUUUUCUGCACCAGAUGUCUCCACUCUGCCUUCAAGGGAGAUUGAGGAGGCAUGGGACCAGAUGGAGAAGAUAGUUCUUGAUAAAUAUCCAACAGAUGAGGAGUCAGUGUUGGUAGUGGAUGUUGGCACCCUCACACUCUCCCCAUCUCUCCUGCCACCCGCACCUCCAGAGAUGAAGAAGAAGGUCACUGGUGUGCGUGUGCUACACCGGAGCCGUGUGUGUUACCUGACCACCCUGGAUGUGAGUCUGCCAGCACUAGAGCCACCCUCAGAGUGGGACCUUUCACAAACCUGUGCAUCACGCCAGCUGGUGGAUCAUGAGGUGCGCUACAAUGUGCGUGAAGUGUUGAAGCUUCCUCCUGUCCCAGCAUCAGACAUUCUCAAAGGCCACCUGGUUAUUAAGUGUGUAUGUCGACGCCUGGGUGAAAGAGAGAAUGAAGAGGUUGGCAGCUCCAGCAUCAAUCUUUUGGAUCUGUGGCAGCUGAAUGGCUCUCAGGUAGAGGUGCCACUGUUCUCCACACAUCCUUAUGGAUCUCUCACUCGCAGGCUUGGCAGGAAGGCCAGGAUGAAGGAAGAGGAAGAUGACAAGCCUCAUUCCUUUGCUCACCUAACCUUGACCAUCAAUCUAACAUUGUCUUCUGGUCAGGGAAGAGAUAAGGAUCAAGAUGCACAUCAAAUAGAAACCAGGCAGAGGUCUCACACUCCUGUGUAUGCUUGGAAUGGUGAUGGUGGAGGACAUUCCCUUAAAGUCCAGGAUGAAAACUUGUUCUCCAAGAAAUUCAGUGAGAGGGGCAGCCUGAUGACAUCAAUGGAUUCUUCAUCUGGCUCAGAUUUGAGUGACUCCAGGUACUCCUUUGCAGAAUCUGGACAGGUCAGCCAAUAUUCAAAACCAAAGAUAAUGAUACCUGGUUAUCAAAAGUGCACUGAAUCUUCUGAAUUUAAUUCCAUUUACCUGCCAACUCAUAUGAGCCCUAGUGAUAAAAUUAGGAGAGAUGGAAUGCACUGCACAGGGAUUCCAGGAGUAACAGGAAAUGGGGAAAGCAUCAUGGGUCCCCCAUACAGUCCCAGAAUUGCACAGUCGAUGGAGCCAGGCUAUCAAGGCUACCACAGCUCUUUUCUCUCAGUCAUUAGUGAAUAUAAUGGCUCAAACAACAAGCCUGUGGAAAGUGGGGGAGAGUCACCCUGCAUCACAACAACUGCUGACUACUGUGCUGAUUUUAUUGGCUAUAAUACAUUAGGGUGGCAGUCUGGCAUGGAUGGAAGGAGAGAAGACCAGAGAGGGUGCUGCCGUGUCCACUUGGAGAUUCUGAAAGGCCGCAAUCUGCCGUGGAUAGAGGGAAGCGAUGGCAUCCCACAGCCUCCAAACUGCUAUGUGAGGACCAAUGUUGGCUCCAUGACUGUCCUCACUAAUAUCUGUAGAGAGUCUGUUAAUCCCAUGUGGAACUUUGCUGCUGAUGUGUUGCUGCCAUAUUCCCAACUAGCUCAGACCAAUGGAAGCCUGAUUCUAAAGGUGCACCACAGCCAAGCACAGCAGAGGACUUCCCCUGAUGACUUGCUUCUGGGCUUUGUCUCAGUGGAUGCCACGUCCAUCUGGAGUGGCCAUGUCUCCCUGUGCGGCUGGUACCCUCUCCUGGACCUGAGGGGUUCAGUGCGGGGACACAUCAAGAUUCUUGUUCAAACUCUACAGGUUUCUCUUACUCCACAUGAGCCACCAUUGAAUGUGGCAGUAAGCAACAUCAGGCAGCCAGUCCAGCCACAUAAUUAUGGUGUACCUGUGAACCAGCACCACCCCACACACCGCUAUGCUCACUGCUCAGAUCCACAUGGACAUGCAGAGUCAGUGUACUUCAAGGGAGAUGGUGUUUGCAACUCUGUCCUAAACUCUCAAACACAAACUGCAGGUGCUAUGCCUCAGUUCACUACAAAAAAUCAAAGAGAAAUCUAUAAUCAAAACCUUCAAGGUAGUAAAGACUUUUCUUCUUCAUUUGAAGCUAAUGGGGAAAUACUCCCUCAGGCUUCAGAAUCCUCUGAUCUUUAUAAGUCUCCUGCCAGUAAUGAAAAGGAAGAAGGUGAUUCUCCUGAUAAGAGUAAGGAGUGUUUGAUUAAUGAUAAAUCUCUUAAAGGAGAAAAGACACAGACUGGAAGAACUAAAACAUCAUCCAUUCCAGUGUUUACUUCAAAUAAAACUGCUUUGAAGUCAUCCAGGCCUGAGGAAAAAGUUAAAGUUCAUAGUAGUUUACCAAAGGUUGAUUAUAAAGACAAAGAAAAUGUUCAACCUACUACUGAGGUUAUCAGCCAAGGUUAUUGUCGACACAAGGGUGCUAUUGUUGUGAAGGGCCUGACCAAGGAGUCCAGCCAAGAUCCUCAACACCCAGACACAGGGUCAAGGUCCUCCAAUGAUACUGAUUCCAGUCAUCAUCAGAACAUGCUGAAGGAAGAUCAAGACCCAUCAUUGAUAAAAGAUUCCAUAAUUGUCUCCCACUUCAGAAUGCAAAAAGAAAGAGAUGACGGAGGAGAGGAGUUGCCCAGCAGAGCAGUUCUUGCUAAUAAACCUGGACCAGUCCAGAAAGCAAUGAUGUCCAGCAGUGGCAGUGAUAAUUCUCAGAGUGAUAGCCAACAUUCAACAACAGACUCAAAGUCCUCCUCACAAUCUAGUAACAAGCCAAGCUCUUGUUUGAAAGCUCCUGGUAGUCCCUCACUCAGAGUAAAGCAUGUGACCUUUGCCCACAAACUAGUCCAUCACCAGAAUGGCGAUGCAAAACUUCAGUCUCACUUUUCCCAAGGUGAAGUGAGCUGGAGGUCACAACAUGCAUCACUUACUAGGCAAGAUGCUGUGUCAGCAAGAAACUUAAAUCAUACUCAUUCCCUCAACUUGGAGGGGUCUGACCUGCAGGUAGUACCAUGUCGGGAGGGUGACUCCCAAGCACAAAGUGCCACUGCCAGUGCCCAAGGAGGCAUCACAAUGAAUGGUUAUGACACAUCUAGAUCCCAUGACAGAACAAAAGAAGACCUAAUUAUGGCUUUUUCUUGGAUGAAUCAGAGUAAUGAGUGUGAUACUCCUUGUGUUUCUUUUAUUGAAUCAAAAGUCCCAAUGCAGAGUAAUGUUGAUUCUAAUGGUAUGUGCAGUUCCACGUCCCCACCUGAGGAAAGGAUGGGUGCUCCUAGCCCAAGCAGCUCAACUUCACCAAAAAAAUCAAGAAAACUCAGAAGCAGAAUAGCUGCAAAUUUUACUCUAAAGUAGUGGUUUUAAUUUUGAUAAAUAAACUGGUAUUUCACUCAUUUUCUUCUCAUCAUAAUCAUCAGAUAUCUUGCCCUCCACUUGGGGAGGUCUCACAGAGGAUGACUGGCAGAAAUGCCCUCCAGGAUUCUUCCAUCAUUAAUUCCCUAGCAUAGGAAUAUUACAUUGAAAAAAAAAAGAAAAAAAAUCCUGUUUAUUGUAUUCUACACUACUCCCAGACAUUUUGAGUAACUAGUCUUCCUUUGUUGUCAGGAUGUAUUCACACCUCAGGGUAUUCCUCCUUGUCUAUUGAGCCACUUUCAUUCCCAUAAUUUCCUAUUCCUUCUUCCUAAAUCCUCCUUUACUCCUUACAGUUACAACCUAUCUAAAAAAAGGUUUGUCCGAUGUUCCAAGCUUUGACAAAAUCCUUUUGUUUGUCUGUGUUAGAGGGACAGUCUGGCUGCAUUCUCAGUGGCAGGUUUAGAAGAAUACUGCUGCCAUAAACUCAAUGCCUCAAAAAAAAAAAAAAAAGUUGACUGAAAAGGAUAGAAUGAGAGAACUAAAAUCUAUCCUCAACAUCUUCAUUUCUACAGUGAGAUGAGGUAUGAUCUCUUGCUUCAGCUAACCCUAAUUUUUAAGUGAAAUCUUAAUCUUCACCUUAACAUACUCAGCUCAUUGUUUCCUUUCAAAUUUUUUUUCUAGUGUUUGUUCAAUUAAGUGUUUACACAGUACUGACCACAUUUGUUUAACCCUUAUGUGAUAAGUGUGGCAAGGUGGCCAGGCUUAAUAGCUGAGGCUAUGCUUGAAGUGGCUUUUCUUCUGGAUAAAAUUACUACAAAUUCUGAAAAUGUAAAGUAGUAUAGUUUGCCUUCUAACUUCUGUCAUACAACAGUCUGCAAGUUCUGGCGAUCUGGAUUAUUGACAAUGAGGGAAAAAAAAAAAAAAAAAAAAAAAAAAAAACAGUCCAAGACUGGACAUGACAAGGUCUCACAUGCCAUGUGACGGUUAAACUGUAACUCCUCUAAUACUUCCUUCCUCAACUUUAGAUUACUUUUCCCUGUUUGAUUUUUUAGAGUAUGUUUUGUUGCAAUGUUCAGCGUAAUUUUCAUAUACGAGAUGUGAUAUAUAUUUUGUUAUAUUGUAAAGUACAAUGUUUAUCAUUUAUUCUUAUUUAUUUUAAGAGAUGUUGUAUGGAAAGAAAACAUGACCUUUACAUCAAUUUUGAAAUAAGUGAAAAAUACAAGGCAAUUUUCCAUGUUGCACAUAGUGCAAAAUAUUUCCAAGUGGCUUCUCUGCAUCUCAUGGCAAUGUAGUUUCCUAAGUGUACAUUUACCCUGUCUUUCAUGUGAGCCUCUGCCUUGGUAACCAUUCAUAUUCCUUCACUGGUAAUGCUUAUGCAGUCUCUACCAUCAUAUUAACAUAUUAUCUCUCCCUGCUUGUAUAAAUAUAUAAUACAGUCUCUUUCCAGCUUUUGUCACAAACUGGUGAAUGCUUGUUGUUGAAUGGUGCUAUGAUUUACAUUAUCAUGUUGUCCUGUAUGCGAAUCCCUGAAUAAAUGUGAUCUCUUUUA